AUGGCUGCCUCCAGGUACAAGGAUGUCGAGGUUAUACAAUUGCCAGCGACGAAAUUGGGCCCCGAGUUUUGUUACGUCCCUCCGGCCAAUCCAGGAGGAUCAAAACUCCUGAAAGCAGGAACCGUUCAAAAGGAAGCUCACCGACCGCUCUUGUGUGACAUUCUCGUGGAAGAAGAGAUCCCCAUCAAGACUCGCGACGGCACCGUUCUCUACGCAGACAUCUACAGGCCCCCCAACCACACCAAGGUUCCCGCAAUCAUCUCCGGAGGUCCGUUCGGCAACCGAGGUGGCCCUUAUGGCGCCGCAUUUGACAAGGCCCCUUUCCGCUUUGGUUGCCCGAGGAUUGCCACAUCGGGACUUGAGAAGUUUGAAGGACUCGAUCCUGGCUAUUGGUGCUACCACGGCUAUGCUAUUGUACAUACUGACUGCCGGGGGACGUGGAACUCUGAAGGAGACGCAAAUUUUCCGUGCAAGCAAGAAGGAGAGGAUAACUACGACAUCAUCGAGUUCAUUGCCCAGCUGCCAUGGUGCAAUGGACGCACGUCUAUGGCGGGAAACAGCUACCUCGCCUUCACUCAGUACUGGGCCGGAGCAGAGAACCCCCCUCAUCUGACCUGCCUAGCCCCAUGGGAAGGCUUCUCGUCACUUUAUGAAGAGGUCAUCCGACCAGGAGGCUGUCCAAAUCCAGGCUUCUCAAGCGGCAUCAUGACAAGCUCAUUUGCCAGUCUAAAGGGCGGCAAGGUGCCCGAUGUUGUCGCCAUGUGUUACAAGUACCCGACGUGGAACGAUUACUGGGAAGCUCAUCGUGCCGCAGUCGAGAAGAUCAAUGUUCCCAUUUACGUUGUUGCGAGUUGGACCAACUUCCUACAUGUUACUGGCACCCUUCGUACAUUUCAAAACUGCAGUAGCAAAGAAAAGUGGCUGCGAAUUCACAACACGCAUGAAUGGCCUGAUCUGUACGACGAGCAGAACACGGAAGACUUGCGCCGCUUCUAUGACUAUUACCUCAAGGAUGUCAACAACGACUGGAUCUACACCCCGAGGGUAAGAAUGUGUGUUCUGAAUGCCGGGGGCAGGGACAUCGUCAACCGACCAGAGACAUCAUUCCCGCUGGCGCGUCAACGCCCAUGCAGACUCUAUCUGAACCCCAACGGGAAUUCCCUGUCGCGGACACCCUUGUCGACCGAGGCCACAUUUUCCUACGAAGCCGGGAAGGGGGAUGCGACGUUCACAUUGCCAUUUACCGAGGGUCCCAUCGAAUUUUCAGGCUACGUCAUGCUUCGGCUCUGGGCGGAAGCAGAAGGAUCGGACGACAUGGAUGUAUACGCCACUUUCCAGAAGUUCGAUUCGAAAUCCGGAAAGCCGCUGCAGCCCGUGGUAGUUGACGUUGGCCGACUCCAGCCGAAUCCGGAGGAAGGCCGGAAGCAGCUCUACGAGAAACCCGACGGCGAGAACGAGACCUUCGGGGCGGAGUUCUUUAAUGCUGGACCGAUUGGCUGCCUGCGGGCUAGCCACCGCGAGAUUGACCAGGCGAGGUCCACGGAGUUUCACCCUCGUUAUACGCACCGUGAGGAGCAGAUGCUCCAGCCGGGCCAGAUUGUCCAGUUGGAUAUUGCCAUCCCGCCGUACGGCAUGAUCAUUAACGGAGGAGAGGAGCUGCGUCUGACCAUUUCGGGUUACCAUCCCGAUCCUCACUGUCGCCCAACUGACCCCAAGCCGGAGCUGCGCAAUAAGGGCAGGCAUAUCAUCCAUACUGGAGGUAAAUACGACUCUCACCUUGUCUUGAUGCAUAUCCCUGAGAAGAGCGCCGAGGAGUGA